UGGCGUGCGGUCGGUGUUGGGGGCCUCAGGGAUGUGAUGUCUUUUUUUUUGAGAAGUGAAAGAACGUGAUUCGCUUCCUCUUUUGACUUGUCUUUGAACCAUUUGGCGGAGAGUCUCAAGACUCUCAACUGCCAACCGUCUGUUCAGGCUAGAAAGGUGAAUUCCUGAAAAAAUGGAUUAAAUAUUAAUUUAUACAGUACCCAAAUCCCUAUAUAUUUUAGCGACGAAGUUUGAAAUUGAAGGAUAUGCUUUUAUGCGAUUCGCAUCCAUUCGCGCAUUAUUCGGGGUCAUAGUUCCCAAUUGUCUUCGAACAAUUUCACCCUAAGCCCAAUUAUUCUUCGCCCUUGUAUAUCUUUCUCCCAUAAUUCUCAUAGCGGUCUGAAUCUACACUACAAGUUGAUAGAUUGCAGGCUUUCAUUUUCUAAUCCUAAUCUCUUACCCGAAUUCGUAGAGGCGAUGGCCGGAGUUGUUGAUCUCAAUGGCACACAAGUCGUCGAUGAAAUUCGGGAUCUUUCUUUGGAGGAUCAAGAUCAGGGUGUAGUGAAUAACACAUCUGCACCUGAUGAGACGCCACAAGAUGAGUGUGAUAACCAUCAUGGAAUUUGUGCAAUAUGUUUGAGAAUGAUACCGCUUCAAGAAACUGCUCUUGUCAAAGGAUGCGAGCAUGCGUACUGUGUCAAUUGCAUCCUACGCUGGAUAGACUACAAAAAGGAACCAAUUUGUCCUCAGUGCAAAAAACCAUUCGAGUUUCUGAACAUCCAUCGGGCACUUGAUGGGAGCUUACAUGAUUACAUGUUUGAGGAGAGUGUCUCCCUGCUUUUAAGGGCCUCUUGGUUUAAGCCUAUGACAGUGGGGGGCGAACAACAUAAUACAGUUGAUGAUAAUGCGGAUGGCUUUACACUAUAUGAUGAGUAUGACAACGAGGAAGACGAUCUUAAUGAAUCUUAUUUGGGCAAUUCAUCAAGUGUACGCAUCGGCAAUAGGAGAUGGGGGGAUAAUGGCUAUGUUAGGGCAGGUAGGCUUGAAGCUAGGCCGGGUCCUUCCCCAUCGCGCAAUCCUAUAGGCCGUCGAGCAAAAAGAGCCUUGAAAAGGGAAGCUGCUGCUGCAAAACACCAGUUGUAGCCCGGCUACUUGUGUGUGUUUUGCUUGCCGGAAGUUGAAUCUUGUGUGUGAUGACAGUGUUCCCUCUCUCAAGCUUUUUACCUGGUAGGGAUAUAGCCAUAUAGGAUUAGACGUUGUCAUAUAUUGUACAUAGAUUCAUUCCUUAUUCAUUCCUUUCAUUGGUUAAAUACUUGGCGUCCGAUUGUAUCCCUCCCCUCCUGUGGCUUUACUUUGAAGACAUUACCGUAUUAAUUAAUGUACUAUAUAAUUAUAUAUUGUGUUUAUCUUUAGGCAGAUUGGAAUGGAAUAAUCGAAUGAAUGGAAUAAUCGAAUGGUCUCCAUGAUUUAUACUCAGUA